ACCCUAUCUUGCAUUCACGUCCACUUGAGCCAACAUGAGAUCUCCACUUUGCUUCUACCAGUUUUGGGGACUGUUUUUUCACUGCUGUGGUGCCACCCUUUUAAGAAAAGAACCUUCUCUGAUGCCUGGGUCUCAAUCUGGAACCAAGUCUAAUCAGCCUGAACAAGAUCCUCUCAAGUAUUCACAACUCAAUGUUUCUUUGGCUGAGUGUCACCUGGAUGUGGCCUGGAAAGAGAGUGUCCAGGCUUUCUGGCUCUUCAAGACAGCUGUUAUUUCUCAUGAAGCCACAGAGUGUGGAUUACGACCUGGCCUUGUGCCCCACUGUCCCAACUGCUGGGAGGCAGAAGUGGGUGAAUUUCCUUGGAUGGUUUCCGUGCAACUCUCUUUCUCCCAUUUCUGUGCUGGCUCUAUACUGAAUGAACGGUGGAUCCUUACCACAGCUAGAUGUGCAAAUUUCAUAAAAAACUCAGAAGCACUAGCUCUGGUCCAAGUGGGGCUUACUGAUCUUCAGGAGCCUGCUCAAGCUCAAAUUGUAGGCAUUCACCGUGCCAUGCCCUACCUAGGUCCCAAGGGACCUUUGGGUCCUGGGCUAAUCUUCCUGAAACAGCCCCUACAUUUUCAACCCUUGGUGCUUCCUAUCUGCCUAGAGGAGAACCUGGAGCAAGAGAAAAAUAUACAGCUGUAUGACUGCUGGCUACCCAGUUGGUCCCUCAUGAGAGGAAGUCCUGGAAUUCUGCAGAAAAGGCACCUAAGCAUACUGCAAGUCAGCACAUGUGCCCAGUUUUGGCCCAAGCUGAAUGAAUUCACUUUCUGUGUGGAAGCCAAGAAAGCUCUUGGCGAGGCUGGCUGGUGA